AUGGCACAUAACACAGACGCUCCCCAAAAUACUGAUGUGCUCAUCAUUGGCGCAGGCAUGUCCGGUAUUGGGUUCGCCGUUCAGCUCCUAAAGCAAUUCGGCACAAGAAACUUUACAAUAAUUGAAAAGUCGGAUAAUCUUGGCGGGACAUGGUGGGUAAACUCGUACCCGGGCUGUGGUUGCGAUGUUCCAUCUCAUUUUUUCUCCUUUUCUUUUGCUUUAAACCCCAACUGGACUCAAAAAUUCGCUCUGCAAUCAGAAAUCCAUGAAUAUUUCUCAGAUGUAGCGACGCAGUAUGACAUCCAGCAGCAUGUCCAAUUCGCAUCUCUUGUCGAGAAAGCUUCGUGGGAUGAGGUAUCCGGCACAUGGAGUGUGACAGUUCGCGAUAUCCGGUCAGCUACUGUAACUGAACACCACUGCAAGAUCCUUAUAUCUGCAGUUGGAACACUCUCUGUCCCGCGAAAAUGCUCCAUCCCGGGAGCUUCAAGUUUUGAGGGCAGAAUGUUUCACACUGCACAGUGGGAUCACACAUUCAAUUGGAAGGACAAAGAGCUCGUCGUGGUUGGAAACGGCUGCUCUGCCACACAAGCAAUUCCUGAAAUGUGUUCCGGUCCUGGAGCAGCAAAGAUGAUCACACAGUUCUCCCGUCAAUCGCAUUGGCUCGCUGAGCGCCCAAACCCAGAAUACUCCGCUCUGUUCAAGUGGACGAUGAAGUGGAUUCCUCUGGCCAUGCGCAUGUACAGAGCAAAGCUGUAUUGGUACCAGGAAAGAGAUUUCAAGGGAUUUGAUAUAGAGACUGGCGCCGAGAUUCGCAGCGGUUGGUCGGAAGAAGCAGCCGACUAUAUUCGAGCUAAUGCGCCUGCAAAAUACCGAGACUUCCUCGUUCCCAAGACCGAGAUUGGAUGCAAGAGGCGUGUCAACGACACCAACUAUCUCGCCAGUCUACACCAAGACAACGUCGAUCUCAUUUACGAUGAUGCGAUUGAGGAAAUAGUAGCCACAGGUGUUCGCACGAAAUCCGGAAGGACGAUUGAUGCUGAUGCCAUUGUUCUCGCCCACGGCUUCGAGACCCAAAAGCCAUUUGGAUCGCUGGAGAUCUUCGGAGAAAGAGGUGCCAGCAUUCAAGAUCAUUGGAACCAAGUCAGCGAAGGGGUACCUUCUUCAUAUCUCGGGACAUGUCUGUCAGGAUUUCCAAACUUCUUUAUGCUAAUGGGCCCAAACACUUUGAGCGGCCAUCUUUCUGUCAUCUACACCACCGAGUGCCAAAUUAACUUUACAAUUCGCAUCAUCAGGCCAAUCUUGAAUGCCAUAAAGACAGAGCUGCCGUGGUUGGCAGUAAGCAGGCCCGAUCGGGACAUCGUCGCCGUCAAGCCAUCCGCGGAGAAGCACGAUAUCGAAUCGGUGCAGCAAAAGGCCAAGAAACUCGUAUGGGCAACUGGCUGUACAUCUUGGUUCAUUGAUGGGAAUACCGGGAGAAACACAAUAAUGUUCCCUGACUGGCAGUACAAAUUCUGGUUGAGAAGCAUUUUCGUUUCUUGGGAUGACUUUGCUUAUCGAACAUCAGCGACAGAAGAUUUCUCUGGUAACAUUUGUGUACUUCAUGAAGCUUGA